AUGUCCUUAUUCAAGACUCUCCAACAUCAACCACGUAUUGUUUCCUUAUUCACUCAUGAUGUUAGUAGCAAGCCAAGCGUGCUGAUCCUGCAGCAGCUCAAGGGUAUGCAAGGGGACAAAUUUGACAUCGAAGUCCAUAAUAGGUUUCCUACACUACAUCAACUCAAAUAUAUGAACGAUAUUGAUGCUCAAACUCUUCAAAGACAAAUCCCAAAGCUUUCAGAGCUCCUUCGUAAGGAGACUUCUGAUAGCGUAUUCGGUAGUGAUUUGGCUCGGUGUGUCCAGGUAGGGCUAUGGAAUCCCCAGUCAUCUCUCUGGGUCGAUUGGGAGAAAAAGCACAUGGGGGAUAAUGUAGAAAGCAUUACUAAUCUACUAAAGAAUAAUUAG